AACAAAUCAGAAAGCAAAUCUAAUUUCAGAAAAAGGGCCAGAGAAUUACCAUAUCGUGAAGAAAAGAAGAGAUAAACUUAAAGGAGCAUCAAAUCCAUAGCUGUGACAUCGGAAUCCAGGACAUUCUAAUUCAAGAUGACCAAUCUAUUACUCUGGAUGAUUUCUGUUACCACAAUUGCUACUGCUUCUGGUCUCUCUAUUGACGUAGACGGUCCGAUCAGUGGUCCAUGUCCAGAAGGAACUCCCGGUCCCCGUGGACCACCUGGAGACAUUGGCCUGCCGGGAAGAGACGGUCGUGAUGGGAGGGACGCUUCGUGUAAUGGCCAACAAUCAGGAAUGCCGAGUCAUGUAGAUCAAACGAACGAUGGUAGCAGUGCAAACACGAGUGGUGGUAAUACAGUAAUCAAUGUCAAUAGUAGUGGAGCUGUGUAUAUAAGAUGGGGUAGAGAUGUUUGUGUUGAUGGAUCAGAACUGGUUUAUGCUGGUACUGCAGCAGGAGCUCGCUACACACAUACAGGAAGUGGUUCCAACUAUCUAUGCAUGCCACCUGAACCUAUUUAUGAUGAGCAUCAGUCUGGUGGAAGUCGUGGUCUGCUGUACUCUGCCGAAUAUGAGACCAACAACGCCAUCGGUCGUCUACAUGGUCUCCACGACCACACACCAAAAUGUGCAGUCUGCAUGGCGCCCUCAGGACGAUCUACCAAAUUGAUGAUCCCUGCGCGGAAUGAGUGCCCUUCUGACGAGUGGCGCCUGGAGUACAGUGGUUACCUCAUGUCAGCCUAUCAUGGCCACAAACGUACUGAGUUCGUUUGUUUCGAUCAUGACAUGGAAGCAGUGCCUGGUACAGCUGGAAACGAAGAUGGGGCUCUCUUCUACAUGGUAACAGCUCCAUGUGUGGUCGGAACUGGGCUUCCUUGUGGACCCUAUAUUGACGGUCAGGAACUCACUUGCGCUUUGUGUACGAUUUAGAAUUUGUUAAGAUCGAGUGAUAAUAUAGUGCAUACCUUCCGUGUAGUGUAGUUCAUCUAUUGAAACAUGCAGUCGACAAAGGAAUUCUCGAAGAAAUAGGUCAAAUUCGAUUAGUACUUAGUUGCACCAACUUUUUAUUUUUCCAGUGUUAGAUUAUAAUUUUCAGAAACAUUGACGCUUUGGGGUUUUAGGUUUGUUAACCUGUACACAGCGAGGGACAAUAUUGCCCACCCCGACCCGGCCCCUACUUCUCCAGUGUUCUCUAUGGCAAAUUCUAUGUUUUAGCUAUAAAGAAAACAUCCUCAGGCUUGGCCUUUUUGUUGCCUCGCACAAUUUUGUCGCAUACAAUGUUUUCUAAUUUCAUAAUUAUCAUUAGCUCACAUACGAUGCCCAAAAAGAAAAUUCUCGCAUACAGUUAUGUAACCAUAUCAUUAAAAAAACGAUUAGAGAUUAGGUUAUAGAGGAACCAUUAUUCAGUGACACGACAUUUUCUCCUGUGACAUUUGCUCCGGUCUUAAUAUCUCAGAGGGAGUUAGGAUUGUUUUUUGUUCAGAUUAACGUAAAGAUAAGUCUUAGGGUUUAUUUAGAAGGUUUUAUGUUUGGCAUAACGUGCAGAUUUUCCAUCGGAAGAAUUAUUUUUGUCAUGGAACCCUAUAUUUAAUGGCGAACUGAAAGUUGACAGUCUAGACCAUGGACCCAUUUGUGGUAGGGUCCAUGUCUAGACCCUAUACUCGAGGAUCAGACAAUGUCCGGUCAACAUUAUAAUUACGUAAUAAUAUUGGUUGAGUUGUAGCCAUCUACAAGUCCUUGAGU